UCUUUUCUUUUUUGGGUUUCAGUCUGUCUGUUUGCAGUAUUACAGAGGAACAGUGUGGGAUCCUGACUUCGGCCCUGAAAUCAAACCCAUCACACCUAAGAGAACUGGACCUCAGUGUAAAUCCGAUUAGAAAUGUGGGAGUGAAUCUCUUAUCUGACGUACUGAAGGAUUCACACUGUAAACUGGAGACACUGAGGUUAAGCUGGUGUGAAAUGACAGAUGAAGGUUGUUCUGCUGUGACUUCAGCUCUGAACUCAAACCCAUCACACCUGAGAGAACUAAACCUCAGUGGGAAUAAACUAGGAGACUCUGGAGUGAAAAACCUCAGUGAUUUACUGAUGAAGCCACAACUCAUGCUGGAGGAACUACGCCUGUGUGGAUGCAGUAUUACAGAGGAACAGUGUGAGAUCCUGACUUCAGCUCUGAAAUCAAACCCAUCACACCUGAGAGAACUGAACCUCAGCUGGAAUAAUAUAAAAAACACAGGCCUAAAUCGCUUAUGUGACAUACUGAACGAAUCACACUGUAAACUGGAGACACUG